AGAGCUAUGCAUCUAAUCGCUCUUUAAACGCUUUAAACAAACCUGAUGCCAAGAGGAGGGGGAUCGAGAUUUCACCCAUCCCAUUGCAGUGAUGAUCACCGAUGUGCUUUGGAUGGAUGCACGUUUGCAACACCGGACAGGAUAGUGUAAUGAGAGAGAAGCUGAUAAUGUGAUUCUGCAUAGAAAAUAGAUUUCUUCCCCCUCGAAGAAACAUCCAUGAUAGUCUGUAUUCUAUGAUCAAGCGUUAUAAUUAGAGGUGGAAUUACUUUUUAAAAAUCAUCACUGUCACGCAUGAUAUUGAUAUAGUUGUGUUGGUGAUUCAUACUCAAGAACAAGCCAACAUUUAAAGACAGAAAACCGGUUAAAGUUGUUGUACAGUGAUCUUUACCAGAAGGAAAAGAGGUGCUAAUCGUGGCGAGGACAAGAAGAUAGUCACGAAACUCUAUCGAACCAGGAAGUUCUUGUCCAGUGUUCAGUUAGAUAGGAGGAUUUCAUCGAUCGCGUUUCGAUCAAUGCGGUAUUAGUGUGCGUCGUGAAAAUCCCCGCAGCAAAAUGACGAUCGUCCGAGGAUGUCAUUUUUUGCCAUGGGCAGUGCUAUUUACCUUGAUCGCUCUAGCAUUGACUCAGUCGGAGAUAUCGAUCACAGAAAGCCCGAAAAGCAGUCUAUACGAAGGCUCACAGCAGUUUGCGCUUAACUUUUUCAAGAAUGUCAGUCAAGUCGUUGACUCCGAUCCAAAUGUAACCACCACCAAUAUCAUUGUUUCUCCGCUGUCUGUUUGGAGUCUACUAGCAUUAAUCACUGAAGGAGCGAGUGGAAACACUUUAAGUGAACUGCUUCACGUGUUGAAUGUACAUGACCAGAAUGAGAUCAAGUAUAAUUACAAAAAACUACAGGAAACGAUCAAUGUCAACACAAGUGAAGUGAAGAUUUCUUCGAGUCAGUUUAUCUUUACUGACAUAAAUCGUCCAGUCCAUCGAGAUUUCGAUAGCAACAUCGAUCGGUAUUAUGGAGAACAACUUCUGGAAGCUCUUGAUUUCAGCAGUUCUCCAGAGGCGAUCAAGCAAAGUUAUGAUCGAAUAAACCAAAUAGUUGCCAGUGCAACCGAAGGGCAGAUCAUGAAAGCUGUCCAUCCGAAUGACAUUAUUCAGGCAAGAAUGGUAAUUUUGUCGGUAUUGUUCUUCAAGGGGGAAUGGACGCUUCCGUUCAACCGAACUCUGACGACACCUACGCCCUUCUACGAUGAGAACGAACGAAAGGUUGGUAACGUACAAAUGAUGUACCAGAAGGCAGUAUUUCCAUUCGCAGCAUUCCGGGAGUUGGAGGCACAAGUCGUUGAGCUGCCCUAUGGAAGCGAUCGCCAUUUAAGUAUGAUGCUGAUCCUGCCACGGAAGGGAGUUUCUCUACAGAACGUCAUUCGACGUUUGGCUGAUUUCAACAUGGAAACGAUCUACCAGGAACUGAAGCAAGCUGCAAUAGAGUACGAAGAUGACGAAGUGGAGGUUUAUUUACCGCGGUUCGAGAUUACGGCCGAUUACAAUCUGAUACCGGUGCUGCAAGAUAUGGGCAUUCGUGAUGCUUUGAACAAGGAUACAGCCAAUUUUAACAAAAUAGCUAAUGACAUCUUUCUCGGUUCAGUGAUUCAGAAAUGUAAAAUCGUUGUGAACGAGGAGGGAACCACUGCUGCUGCAGUUACAGCUGCCGUAUUCGCAAACAAAGCCACUCCACCAAGGUUCUUCGCCAAUAGACCAUUCGCUUUUCUGAUAGUUGAUAAACGAUAUGACUUGAUAUUGUUUAUGGGCCAAGUAAAGGAUCCCCAUUCGGUUUAGGCUACAAAUAAUAAAACUGACAUAUUUUUCAAUAACUCAAA